AUGCGGUGGGCUGUACUUGGAGUGCUGUCGCUGCUGUGCGCGACGGGCUCGGCGCAGGGCCUGUGGUGGGGGCUCGUGCCCAGCCCCACGCGCCUCAACAUCGUCAACGCGCUCACCGACUUCGUGCCGGCCGUCUUCCACAUGCAGCGCCGCCUGGUGCGCGAGCCCGUGGACAGCGGCCAUCGCAAGGAGUUCGACUUCGUGGUGGUGGGCGCGGGCGCGGCGGGCAGCGCGCUGGCCACGCGCCUCGCCGAGGUGGGCGACUGGAGCGUGCUGCUGCUGGAGGCGGGCGGGGAGGAGGGACGCAUGGUCGGUGGCAGCACUACGAUUAACUACAUGUUCAACAUUCGAGGCAACAGACGAGACUUCGACAAUUGGGAAGCGAUGGGCAACAAGGGUUGGAGUUACAAAGAUGUCGUUCCUUACUUCAAGAAGGUCGAAGACUUGCGGAUACCGGAGCUUCAGAACAGAGAAAACAGAGGAUACGGGGGACGAAUUAGGACUACUUAUCCACCAUAUUUUUCAGACAUGGGCAAGCUGUUCCUGAGGGGCGCUCGCGAGGCGGGCUUCCCCACGCCCGACGACUACAACGCGGGCGAGCAGCUGGGCAUGCACCGCAUCCAGACCACCACGUGGCACGGCGCGCGCUGGUCGGCCAACGCAGGCUACCUGCGCAAGGCGCGCCGCCGCCCCAACCUCUUCCUGCGGCCGCGCAGCUACGUCACCACGCUGGUGCUGGAGGGCGCGCGCGCGCGCGGGGUGCGCUACGUCCACGACGGCCUGGAGUACGAGGUGACGGCCACCAAGGAGGUGAUUCUGUGCGCGGGCGCCGUCAACACGCCGGCCAUCUUGCUGCGCUCCGGCAUCGGCCCGGCCGACCACCUCAAGGAAGUGGGCGUGCCCCUGGUCAAGGAUCUCCCGGUGGGGCUGAAUCUGAUGGAUCACACAGCUGUCAUUGCCACUAUUGGCGUGCUCAACGAAACCGUCGCGCCGUCCAUUCCAGAGAUCAUGCUCAACCCGAGCACGCAAAUGGACUACUUCACGCGUCGGGCAGGGCCCCUCACGUCAACAGGGACCUUCGAGACCAUCUCCUUCCACGACCUCAAAGGCACUCCCCACUACAGCCCCGGGUGGCCCGAAGUCGAGAUGUUGCACAGCUCCAUCAACGCCGCCAUCAAUUCGCGAUUCGCCGCUCUUUUCCGCAUCACCCGACAGAUGUACGACGUGAUACUAAAGCCGGUCGAGAACAAGCCGGUGUUCAUUUCGUGCAUAUGGCGGUUGCGACCGAAGAGCCGCGGGAAAGUCUACCUGCUGAACAAAGACCCCAUGACGCCACCGGAAAUCGACCCGAGAGCCUUCUCGCACCCGGAAGAUGUAGACGUGGUCCUCGCGGCCAUCCGCGAAUGGCAGAAGAUCGUCGCCUCUCCCAGUUUCCAACGAUAUGGAGCACGGGUUGUUGGUCCCGUAGGGGAUAUUCCUGGCUGUGGAAAGGUAGUUUUCGCCACGGACGAUUACUGGCGAUGCGCUAUUCGCGUAGCGUCUGCCACGCUCUACCACCCGUGCGGUACAUGCAAGAUGGCCCCGCCAGGUGACCCCACGGGCGUGGUGACUCCUGACCUCAAGGUUGUAGGAAUAAAGAAUCUGCGUGUAGUGGAUGCGUCGAUAACACCAUUAGUUGUCUCCGGCCAUUUGCAAAUGACGUCGUACAUGAUAGGGGAGAAAAUGGCGGACGAAAUCAAAAAGGAAUAUGGACAAGCGAAGUAACUCGUGCUUUAGUUUGGCUCGGAAUAAAAUGAACACGUUUUGAAAUGAAAUGAUUGGCAUGGGGCAGUCAUUAGAUUAGUCAUAUUUCGCCCAAAGUCGCGAUAUUAACAUGUUCGUAUAGCGCGAGGCUCUCUGUGACCAGUGUGUUUUAUCUUGUUUUUGCCCGAAGCCUGUUAAUCCCGACUCUUGCAAAGGCGUAGUUACUCAUUUCCGUUUUGCAGAUUCUAGUUCAGUCGUGUACAAAAUGCGGACACAACAAAUACGAAUUCUAUCUAAAAUUAAACGAAUAUUAUUAAAAUAACGUUGAGAUACCAAUUAAUAUACAUGAUUUAAUUGAACACAUGUAGAAAACCAAUAAUAUUUUGUAAAAUACAUUUGGUAUUUGUAUUUCCACACUUCAAAUUUAAAUUUAAAUAUAUGAAAUAAUACUGUAUUUAUUGAAAGUUCUAGAGAUCUCUCAGAAAAUUGUUGUUAAAUAAUAAUAGCAUUUUUAUGACCCAAAUGUAUCAUUGUGAGUUCGCUGUAAACUGCAAGAACCAUUGUUGUUGUUUUUG